AUGGGCGCGUCCGCUGAAGGAAAGGCUCACGCCUAUUCUUAUCAGUACUCCUACGCCCCAAAUCCAUACUGGUCCAGCUUAUACGCCCCUGGAUCUGAAAUCCGCGCCUACUUGAAGGAUGUUGCCGAUAGGUUCGGUGCCUCACGGUUCAUCAAGACAUCACACGAUGUGGAGCGAUGCGUCUGGAACGAUGAGUCGAAGACAUGCGCCGACCUCAGAAACAAACGCGUCGGCGUCAUUGGCAACGCCUCCAGCGCGAUCCAGAUUGUGCCCCAGGUCCAGAAACUGGAGGGAACGAAGAUUUGGUGCUUUACCAGAUCGCCUACUUGGAUCUCGAUGAGCUACGGCGACGCGGCCAUGGCCAAGCUGGGGCUGAAUCCGGAGGACACAACAUUCUCGAGGAAGCACCAAGAGCGUUUAGCCCAACACCCAGACGAGUACUUCAAGGUGCGCAAGGUGUUCGAGACGGACACGAAUAUGGUGCACCCGAUCACGAUCCGUGGUUCCGAGAUGCAACUUAAGUCUCAGGCCAUUUUUACAGAUGAGAUGCAGCGACGGCUCGAGAAGAGGCCGGACCUCUUUGCGGCCAUGAUCCCAGUUUCGCGCCGGGGCUACCUCGAGGCGCUGCAGAAGGAAAACGUAAAGGUGCUGACCCAGAGCAUCUCGCGCGUUACCGAGAAGGGCAUCACGCUCGACUCGGGCGACGCCGUCGAACUCGACACCAUCAUAUGCGCCACAGGCUUCCGGGUCAGCGCGCCGCCGACAUUCGAGGUGGUCGGACGUGGUGGGCAGACGCUGGGGCAGCGUUGGAGCCCGCGCAUCGAGUCUUACCUGUCCAUGGCCGUCGACGGCUUCCCCAACUUCUUCAUGGUCGGAGGGCCAAACUCGGGCGUCGGGACGGGCAGCCUGACCAUCGUGCUGCAGCAAACGGCCGACUACGCGAUAAAGGCGAUGCACAAGGCCCAGAAGGAGGACUACGCGAGCAUCGAGGUUAAGGCGGAGCGCGUGGCCGACUUCAGCGCCUUCGUAGACGAGUACUUUAAGCGGACCGUCUACGUCGACGACUGCUCAUCGUGGUACCGCGGCGGCAAGAAAGGCGGGCACAUCUUCACGCUGUGGCCCGGGUCGACGCUGCACUGCAUCGAGGCGCUACGGGCCCCCCGGUGGGAGGACUACCACCUGGAGCCGAUUGAGCCGGCGGGCAACUCGCUGCGGUGGCUGGGCAACGGCUGGAGCCAGACGCAGCUGGACGGCGACCCGGCGUGGUACAUUGAGCCCCAAGCCGUGGACCCCCCGAUCGAGGGCAAGCCUGAGGAGAAGGAGCAGUUCCGGAUGCGGCCCUUUUCACAUUGA